GUUGACGUUGUAAAACGUCUACCAACUAUCACCAGCUAUCACCAACAGUCACCAGCGGUCACCAAUAUACGCCAACAUCAACCAAAGUCUACGGUCUUCGCCUUUGGAGUCAAAAUAACAGUCACGAUGCGUCUGGUCCUGCCCGCCAUUUUGUUGCUGUCGGCCAUCUUGUGCUGCUCCGCGCAGGCGCAAUAUCCGCGCCCGCGUCGCCCCGAGCGCUUUGACACCGCCGAACAGAUCUCCAACUACUUGAAAGAAUUGCAGGAGUACUACUCGGUGCACGGACGGGGAAGAUACGGCAAAAGGCAGAUGCACAUAGCCGAUGCGUCAGUAAUCUUCCGAGAGACUCCCUUCUUCGAUCACUCCAUGAACGAGGAAGGAUUAUUCAAAAACCUUGGCUAUAAAUAAAUAAAAAAGAAAAAAGCCGUCGCGUUGACUGACUGAGCUUGAUAUCGGAUCUUUUUCUUUCCAUCUUUUUUAAAUUGCUGGGUCUUUUAUCGAUCAACUUAUUUGUCUACUUUUUAAACUUUGUAUUUUUAAUAUCCGAAGCCGUUACUUUUAUUAGGAAAAAUAUUCUUAUUUUUUUAUAUUAACAUUUCCCACUUGUCAAUUGAAUGAGACUCAUCCGUCUUACAUUCUAGUCAAUUAGAGUUAAUUUUGAUUGUUCUUUUUACGCUGAAACCCCAAAUGGAAAAUCUAAUAUAUUAAGUAGCUUUUUAUUUUAUUUAUUUUACUUACAUUUCGUUAAAUAAUUAUUUUAAGUAAGUAGUUACUUUUGAUUCGUUUGCAUAAAAUCGAAGUUUUUCUAUUAAUUUCUUAUGCUGUUUAAGUUUUGAUAUGUUUGGAUUUCUUAUGAUUUAUAUAUUAAUAUUAUUAUUGAAUACUUAUCUAAAUGCUUAUGGUUGUGGUAACACUACGUUGACAUGUCAAUACGUUUACAUGAAAAAAUAAACAACCGUAAAUUACCACUUUCUCAGCAAAUAAAAAUUAACAUUACUUAUUGCAAAAAUUUCGUUUGACAGUACAAAAAUUACCGCUAUCUCUCUCUUGCACUGAGUGAAAGUGAAGGAUUACACUAUUUUCAGAUCUGUUAUUUCAUUAUUUUGUGAUGAUAGUUUUAGGUUAUGAUUUUUUUUUAAUUAAUUUUCCGUUUGGGGCAGAUUAUCUCUAAACAUACGUUUUCAGGCUGGGUGAAAAUGUUAUUUUUAGAGAAAAUACUUUUCAUUGUCAUUAUCAAUGCUUUAAACUAAGAUACAGUGCAUAGUACCUAGUAAAAGUAGCUAUAAUUAUAAUAGUAAGUUCAUAAUGAGUAUUGUACUUAAUCGAAACUAUUGAAAAUGCAGAACUGUUUCAUG